CCAUAGCCUAGGCGGCACCCUCGCCUCACCUCUGCAAUCCUCCGCGCCACUGCUUGCGACACACCUUGCCUACCGACCACCUUGCACGAAGCCUAGACACCCCGCCACAAUGUCUGGCUACGAUCACCGGAGCGGCUCUGAGUCGGAAGACGAGCCAUUCAAUCCCGUGCCAGAGGUGGACGAAGAUGAUAUGGCGGCGCAGGAGGCGACUCGGCGCCAGUCGGCGGUAAACGAGGACGAGGAGGAUGAAGAGCCGACUACGGCGCCCCGGAGACCACAGGCAGAUGACGAGGAGGAUGAAGAAGGCGGAGGCGAUGAUGAGGAAAAUGACGAAGAUGAGGACGAAGACGAAGAGGACGAAGAUGACGAGGACGACGUAGUCGCUCGCCCCGCCAAGCGCAGGAAGAAGACGAAGCGGAACAUGUUCAUUGAUGUCGAAGCCGAAGUCGAUGAGGAAGAAGACGAAGAGGAGGACGACAACGACGAGAUCGCCGACGAAGUCCACCCCGACGAUCUCGAGCCCACGGGCGACGAUCUCGAUGACCGCCACCACCGCGAGCUAGAUAUACAGCGCCAGAUGCAUGUGCAGAAGGAUGCAGAGGAGCUUGCCAAAGAGCUCGACGAGAAGUACAGGCGGCGUGAAGCGCAGAGUGCCCGGAGAGCCGCCUCAGGGGCCAUCCCACUCGCGCUCCCUACCGUGAACGACCCUUCCAUCUGGGGAGUCAAGUGCAGGCCGGGCAAGGAGCGUGAGGUCAUCAUGGCUAUCCAGAAGCGCAUUGACGACAUGGUGCGCGCGGGACAGCGACCUAAGAUCUACUCGGCGUUUGAGCGCGGAGGCACCAUGACGGGAUACAUCUACGUCGAGGCCGACGCAAAGCAGGAGAUGAUCGCCGUCGUCGAGAAUAUUCCCAACGUCUUCAUGGGGCAGGCUCAGAUCGCCAUCGAGGUCAAGGAGCGACCGGAUCUUCUCCGCAAGCGCAAGCGCACACCACUUGAGAUGGGCAAGUUCGUGCGCAUGAUCCGCCCGAAUCUCUAUAAGGGUGAUCUAGCCAAGGUCGUCGAAGUCCACGCGAACGGCCUAGACUGUACCGUGCAGUUGGUGCCCCGACUUGACUACGGCUUAGGAGAAGAUGCAAAUGCCGCUUCGGAUAACAAGCGGAAACGGCCCGCUUUCGGUCGCACAGUCGACCGUCCACCACAAAAGCUCUUCAACGAAGCCGAGGCCAAGAAGCGGCACAUGAAGCAUCUGGCCCAGACCGGUUCUGGCAAUCAGAGGACCUUUACAUACAAGGGUGAGGAUUACCAGAAUGGCUUCCUCAUCAAGGACGUCAAGGUCAACUACGUUUCCAGCGACAAUGUCAACCCGAGGAUGGAAGAGAUGCAGUUCUUUUCCGUCACUGCUGCCGACGGAACGGAAACUCUGGACCUUGUUGCAGUGCAAGCGGCCCAGAAGGCGGCCCAGACCGGCUCAUCCUUUGUCUCCGGGGACAACGUGGAGAUUUACGAGGGCGAACAAAAGGGCAUUCGUGGUACCACUGUCACGGUAACCGGCGACAUAGUCACCCUUCGAGUGACGGAAGGUGAGCUUAAGGGCCGGCGCAUCGAUGCUCCCGUCAAGACUCUCCGGAAGUUGUUCCGGGAAGGUGAUCACGUCAAAGUCAUUGGCGGAAGCAAGUACAUUGAUGAAGUUGGUUUGGUCACGAAGCUCAAAGAUGACAAGGUCACGCUGCUUUGCGAUUCUACACAGAUGGAGAUCACGGUGUUCAGCAAAGACUUAAAGCGCGCAGCGGACUCAGCCACGAUUGGGAACGAUUCAGAGUUUGAUUUAUACGACCUGGUGCAGAUUGACGCCGCUACAGUGGGAUGCGUUGUAAAGGUCGACCGCGAAGUGCUCCGUGUUCUGGAUCAGCAAGGGAACGUUCGCACACUACUUCACACGCAGGUCUCCGGCAUCGUUGGCAGGAACCGGAACGCAGUAGCCACAGACCGAGACGGGUCUGAGAUUCGAAACGACGACACAGUCAAGGAACAUGGCGGGGAGAGCCGCCAAGGAAAGGUCGUCUAUAUCCACAGGGGCGUUCUCUUUGUUCACAACCGCGAAUUGGUCGAGAAUGCCGGUAUUUUCGUCGUCCGCAGCACCAAUGUUGUUACCAUGGCCGCGAAGAGCGGUCGCACCCAGGCUGCUGGGCCGGAUCUCAGCGGCAUGAAUCCCGCUUUGCAGCAACAGAACGGUGGUAGCAACGCCAUGCCUCCCCCGCCGCGUGCAGCUUUUGGUCGCGACAAGCUAAUUGGCAAGACGGUUACUAUCCGGAAAGGUCCCCACAAGGGUCUCCUUGGUAUCGUAAAGGAUACCAUGAACGACGAGGCUCGCGUAGAACUACACACGAAGAACAAGCAGGUGUCGGUGAAGAAGGAGCUUCUCUCAGUCAAGGACCCGAUCACAGGCAACAACAUGGAUUAUGGGAAGUUCCCGAAUCGAUCUCGCGGCAGCUAUGCAGGUGCUACGCCGAGCUACAAUAGCGGGCGGACGCCCGGCUGGGGCAACUCUUCCCGGAACGGUCCGUCGUGGGGCGGUAGCACGCCUACUGGCGGUCGAACACCUGGUUGGGGCGGGGGUGGAGGCCGCACUCCUGGCUGGGGAGGCGACGGUGGACGUACGGCAUACGGCGACGGCGGUCGAACUGCCUACGGUGGGGACGCAUCGCGCACCGCAUACGGCGGGGACGGCUCGCGGACCGCCUAUGGCGGCGCAACAGCGUACGGCGGCAACGACGGCUCACGCACCGCAUAUGGAGGAUUCAACUCAGGCGGGCGCACUCCAGCCUGGGGUGCCUCGACCUCAACCACCAACCCAUCCAAGUCCUCCAACACCCUCUCUGCCCCCACACCCGGCGCGUACAAUGCUCCCACACCCGCUGCAUACUCGGCCCCCACGCCGGGUGCCUAUGGGGCGUAUUCGGCGCCUACGCCUGGCGGCCCGCCUAUGGAUGCUCCGACGCCUGGAAACUUCGCUGCUCCUACGCCGGGUGAUACGACCGGUCAGUAUGCUACGCCGCGGGGUUAUGGGGGUUAUGCUGCUACGCCUGCUGCGGCCCCGACGCCCGGCGCGUGGGCGGAAACUCCGGGCGUGGAUGAGGAUCCUAGGUACGAUUAGGAACGUGCAUGCGAGAGAUACGUUGGGUACGAUUCGGUCGGAGGGUGAUGCGUAGUCUGCCGUCUCUGAUGAUGAGGGUAGAGAGGCACGGCACAUUGUUUCAUUUGGUUUUGCUUGCAUUGCGGGAGUUAUCCAAAAUGGGAAUAUGUUUCAUUGGGGGUCUUCACCCUGAAGACGGCAGCCGUUUCGUUGCUAGCCUUCCCCAUUAUCUAUUCCAAGAUGUAUUAGCUUAGAUACCAAUGGCGAAAUGUCACCG